GGGAGAGAGAAGAGAUGCUAAAAAUAGAGGAAGUGAGAAGAAAGAUGAGAAGAAGGACGAUGGAUGAUAGCUGUUCCAUUGUAGUCGGUAGCAUCACAAAAAAUAAUGAACCUCUCAUAUUAUCACCAUCAAUAUUUUCAUCACAACUCAUUUCGACCUUAGUUUUUCUUCUCUUUACCCCUCUAGGAGUUUCGGCUGGCGGCGUCGUCGGCGACCUUAGGCAUGGCGCAAGGCAUGGCUAGUAACCGGAACUCCAGCGCCGAGGCAAGGAAGGUCAUGGUAGUCGCGGACCCCACGCGCGAGUCUGCGGGCGCGUUGCAGUACGCGCUCUCGCAUGCCGUCAUCGAACAAGACGAGUUGAUUCUCCUGCACGUUGAGAACCCUAGCUCCUGGCGCAACACUAUUUCCACCUUCCUCAAGAUGCCUUCCUUGGGAAACUCCAACACCGUGUCCCUUGAAAUUGGCGGAAGCGGCGGCGCCGCUGCGGCCGAGGGAGAAGGGGUUGAUUUUCUGGAGGAGAUGAAGCAAAUUUGCAAGGCAUCUCAGCCAAAGAUUAAAGUGCGUGUAAUGAGGGUUGAGAUGGAUGGAAGAGACAGGGCCGCCACCAUUCUCUCCCUCACCAAAACCCAUGGGGUGGAUGUCAUAGUUAUAGGCCAGAAACGCAGUAUUUCUUCUGCAUUGUUAGGAUAUAAGCGACAACCAGGAGGAACUAUGAAAGUGAUGAAACCCAUAGACACAGCAGAGUAUUUGAUUCAAAACUGCUCCUGCACCUGUGUUAGUGUACAGAGAAAAGGCCAAAAUGGAGGUUAUGUUCUCAAUUCAAAAACCCACAGAAAUUUCUGGCUCUUGGCCUGAUUGGCUUCACAUACAUACAUGGAUCAUACCUUGGCCAUGGCCAUCCAUGGUCGACAUUGUUCUCUAGGACAGCAUGAACCUAUCAAUUUCGCUGUGGAUAGAAUUAGGACAUACUUUUAUAUGGGCACAUAUAUUAUUACAUUAUACAUUAGGCACUCAAAUCAUUACUGGCUUUUGCAAAAACCUUUUUUAUGAUUGUUGUAUUUUUAUGACAACAACCUUAAACUUAUUUGUCAAAUAUUGAUUUGAGUGCUGGUGAUAAAUAAUGUCUAUGUGAAAAUUAUUCUAGAUUUUGUGAAAUUGGUAAGAGUUCCCUGUAA